AUGAAUCCGGGGCACCCUCCGCUCGAAUCCCUGGCCGGGGCGAGCACCGCUCGGCAGAAGCUGCUGGCGGUCGCCGCCGCGACUGGCUGCACUGUCGUCGGCUGCAAGGUGCCGUCGCUGGUCGCGGAGCAGCCUACGGGCCUCGACGAGACGAUGCGCGGCGCCAAGAACCGGCUCUCUCAGGCGCUCGCCACGGACGAGGCGGCCGGCGCCGACCUCGCCGUCGCGAUCGAGAGCGGCCUGCUGCGCGCGCUCUCUGGCGACGAGGAGACGUGGGUCGAUGUGGCGGUGGUGAUCGUCCGCGAUCUGGCGACCGGCGGCGAGGCCAUGGCCACCAGCGCGGGCGUGCAGUUCCCGACCGCCGCCGUCGGCGAGUGGGCCGAGGCGGGAGCCGAGGGGACGGUCGGCGAGGUGCUGAGCGAAAACACGGGCUGCGACAAGCACGAUCCUCAUGCGGCGCUCACCUGCGCGCGCUUCCCGCGCGCCGCGCUGCUCGAGCAGGCGGUCCGGGUGGCGAGCGCGACGCUUUACAGGAGUCGAGUCGCCCUGCCUGGAUGAGGAACAGUAGGGGGCGGAUGGGACAGUCCUCAGUCGCACCCUCCCCUGUGGUCCUUUCUCCUUCGUAAAAAGAAGAAACACGAGUAAAGAAAUAAAAA